GCAUCCUGCGAGCGCCGACGGCCAAAGUGCCCCAGCACGGCCGCUAGCCUACCGCAACCGACAAUCGACAGACGCGUCUCGAAGUGUCCGGCCCUCCAGAUCACGCGGUGCCAUGAAGAGGAAGAAGUCGCCGCCGCCUACCACCGUUCUGUGCGUGAGCGUCGCCCUCGUGUUGUACGCCUGUGGACGGGCGUCGGGGUCGCCCGCCCAACACGCCGCGGUGGGCAAGUUCCAGGAGGUUGUUCAGCAACAGAAUUUUUUCUCGGUGCUGACAUCUAUAGAAGAACGGCUAAAAAACUUGGAUAACAUUUAUUCAAUGCAAUUAUCUCAAACUCUAGAGACCAAACUGGAUCAGUAUAGCAGACGAUUGGAAGCACUCGAUACCAAAAUCAUACGAUUGGAAGCUCUAGUCAUGCUCAACUUAGACAAAAUCUCCGAAAAUAUCAGCACGAAAAACUUCAAGGACGACAUGAGCAGGAGCAACCUGCUUAGAAAAAUGGAUUCUGUCUACGAGGGCAUUAAUCACAGGCUAGGAUAUAUGGACAGAAAGUAUGAGACAAAUUUAGCAAAGAUUCAGACAAAAGUGGACACCACCUUAUCGCGUCUUGAAAAAAUCGAAGAAAAUAUGACAACCAGAGACUCGGAUAUCGAAGCAGAAAUAUCAGACGUGAUAUUUGCGAUAGACGACUUGAAAACAACAUGUAACGCAAUGGAAGAAAAAAUUUACAACGUAACAACUGCUGUGUUGAAUGUUACUCAAAGUGCUUAUAAAUAUUUGCAAGACAAAAACGUAGACACUAGAAAGGCGAUGAAUGCCCUACAUGACAAUAUCAUAGAAAAUCUAAAAUUUAUGAACAACAAGACGUUGAGACACUUCAAGCUUGUGGAGGAUAACAACUUUAUGCUCAAGUCCAUGAAAACUGAGCUGAAGGAGGAUUUUAACGAUUACGCUAACAAGGUUGCCGACAUGAGCUCCUACAUUUGGAAGAACACUGAUAGCACUGACGACGAUUUGAAGAGAAUAGAAACAUUUGUCAAUAAUACCAAAACCGAAGUACAAAAUGGUGUCAGGUCUCUGAUGCUGCAAAUAGGCAAAAUACCAAAUAAGGAAAUUGUAACGAGCCCAGGUGACAAUUCCUUGGAUGAAAUAAACAAGAACCUGAAAUUAAACUUCCAAAGAAUAUUGACCAAUCAGGACGUAUUCCUAGAGAGCUGCCAUAGGCUGCAAAUGGACGAAGCCCAGAUUGAAUCCGAAAUAAGUGUUACACUGGAGAGCCUUAUUGAUAUGAUAGAGAAAAAGAUGGCCUCCGGGGAAGGCGUUAAAAAUUUGGAGAGAUCCCUAAAAACUCACGAUAACAGAAUAAUCAGGAACGUCCAUCAAGUCAAUACCAAUUUAAUAUCACUAUUCGAGACGUAUACGAAAAGUAAUGCGGUGUUAUCCACAGAAGUCAAAAAAAUUGGUAACGGUUUAGACGACUUGUUCAAAUUCGUUCGAGGAACACUAUCAGACGAAUCUCCAUCUUCUCUUUCAACAAACGUCAAAGUACUUCAAAGGAAGCUCGAUAAAAUAGAACACACGAUCACGACAAUUUCCGGAAACCAGUCUCAUCCAAGACUACGUGCACUGGAUUUAGAGGAUAACGUAAAAAAACAAAUACUUCAACAGCUGCAGAAAUUUUCUGAAAGUCUCUCGUCUAUCGAAUCUCAAGUACACUUCUUAAAGGAAGAAAACUUUGAAAGGAUUCUAGACGACCAAACUUACCAAAAAUAUUUUCAUAACUGCAGUGUACGGAAUGUCACAAAGAUGAACGCCUACGACGAAACAGAAUUGGAUAGUGGUACACGACAGGCUAUAGAGCAAAUUUUUGGAACAAAACUAGAUUGGGCGGACGUGGGAAACAAAGAUACUGGCAAACGUAAAUGUAAUACAAAUUUACAGUCCGCAGCUUUAGAAGAUUGUGUAGAUGCACAGGAAAAAAAUCGAAACCCGAAGAAAAGUAAUAAAAAGAAGAAAAAGGGACCUAUUACCAGUCUAAUAGACAUAAGAGGCAAUUUUGGACCCGAACAAAAUCUGGAAUACGACGAUUCCGAAGAAAACUACGAGAGUACAACUAUUAAUACACAGGAAGUGAGUUUGAUAAACAAAACAACAAAUACUACUGACGAAGACCUUUCCGGAGUCAAACUGAACGACACGGCGCAUAAUAUUUAAAGUUUUGUACAUGUAACAUUGUUAA